CGAGCCGCCGCCACCGCCCGGCGCGCGAGUCCGGCCCCUGGGCUCCGAGGCUCAGCCCGCGGAGCGGCCUCCUGGGGACGCCGCUGGGCGAGAGGAACGCGCCCGCGCCCUUGCGUUCGCAGUGGCCCAGCGCGCGGGCGGCGGGAUGAGGGGCAGCGAGCGGGCCGCGCCGGCGCUGCGGCCCCGGGGGCGGCUCUGGCCGGUGUUGGCGGUGCUGGCGGCCGCCGCGGCCGGCUGUGCCCGGGCAGCCAUGGACGAGUGCACGGACGAGGGCGGGCGGUCGCAGCGCUGCAUGCCCGAGUUCGUCAACGCCGCCUUCAACGUGACCGUGGUGGCCACCAACACGUGCGGGGCUCCGCCCGAGGAGUACUGUGUGCAGACCGGGGUGACCGGGGUCACCAAGUCCUGUCACCUGUGCGACGCCGGGCAGCCCCACCUGCAGCACGGGGCAGCCUUCCUGACCGACUACAACAACCAGGCCGACACCACCUGGUGGCAAAGCCAGACCAUGCUGGCCGGGGUGCAGUACCCCAACUCCAUCAACCUCACGCUGCACCUGGGAAAAGCUUUUGACAUCACAUACGUGCGCCUCAAGUUCCACACCAGCCGCCCGGAGAGCUUCGCCAUUUACAAGCGCACACGGGAAGAUGGGCCCUGGAUUCCUUACCAGUAUUACAGCGGCUCCUGCGAGAACACCUACUCGAAGGCAAACCGCGGCUUCAUCAGGACAGGAGGAGAUGAGCAGCAGGCCUUGUGCACAGAUGAAUUCAGUGAUAUUUCCCCUCUGACUGGAGGCAAUGUGGCCUUUUCAACCCUAGAAGGAAGGCCGAGUGCCUACAACUUCGACAAUAGUCCGGUGCUGCAGGAAUGGGUAACUGCCACUGACAUCAGAGUCACACUCAAUCGCCUGAACACCUUUGGAGAUGAAGUGUUUAACGACCCCAAAGUUCUCAAGUCCUACUAUUAUGCAAUCUCUGAUUUUGCUGUGGGUGGUAGGUGUAAAUGUAACGGACAUGCAAGCGAGUGUGUAAAGAAUGAAUUCAACAAGCUGGUGUGUAAUUGUAAACAUAACACUUACGGAGUGGACUGUGAAAAGUGUCUGCCUUUCUUCAAUGACCGGCCGUGGAGGAGGGCGACCGCCGAGAGUGCCAGCGAAUGCCUGCCCUGUGACUGCAAUGGCCGAUCACAAGAAUGCUACUUUGACCCUGAACUAUACCGGUCCACCGGCCAUGGUGGCCAUUGCACCAACUGCCAGGGCAACACAGAUGGUGCCAAAUGUGAGAGGUGCCGGGAGAAUUUCUUCCGCCUUGGGAACAACGAAGCCUGCUCUCCGUGUCACUGUAGUCCUGUGGGUUCUCUCAGCACACAGUGUGAUAGCUAUGGCAGGUGUAGCUGUAAGCCAGGAGUGAUGGGUGAUAAGUGUGACCGCUGCCAGCCUGGAUACCAUUCUCUCACUGAGGCAGGAUGCAGGCCAUGCUCUUGUAAUCCUUCUGGCAGCAUAGAUGAAUGUAAUGUUGAAACAGGAAGAUGUGUUUGCAAAGACAAUGUUGAAGGCUUCAAUUGUGAGAGGUGCAAACCUGGAUUUUUUAAUCUGGAAUCAUCUAAUCCCAGAGGUUGCACACCCUGCUUCUGCUUUGGGCAUUCUUCUGUCUGUACAAAUGCUGUCGGCUACAGUGUUUAUUCUAUAACCUCUACCUUUCAGAUCGAUGAGGAUGGGUGGCGUGUAGAACAAAGGGAUGGCUCUGAAGCAUCACUCGAGUGGUCCUCAGAGAGGCAGGAUGUCGCUGUCAUCUCAGAUAGCUACUUUCCUAGAUACUUCAUUGCUCCUGCGAAGUUCCUGGGCAAGCAGUUGUUGAGUUAUGGCCAGAACCUCACCUUCUCCUUUCGAGUGGACAGGCGAGACACUCGCCUGUCUGCAGAAGACCUGGUGCUUGAAGGAGCUGGCCUGAGAGUGUCUGUGCCCUUGAUCGCUCAGGGCAAUUCCUAUCCAAGUGAGACCACUGUGAAAUACGUCUUCAGGCUCCAUGAAGCAACAGAUUAUCCUUGGAGGCCUCCUCUUACACCUUUUGAAUUUCAGAAGCUCCUAAACAAUUUGACCUCCAUCAAGAUCCGUGGGACAUACAGUGAGAGAAGUGCUGGCUAUUUGGAUGAUGUCACCCUGACAAGCGCUCGCCCCGGGCCUGGGGUGCCUGCAACGUGGGUGGAGUCCUGUACCUGUCCUGUGGGAUACGGAGGGCAGUUUUGUGAGAUGUGCCUCUCAGGUUACAGAAGAGAAACUCCGAGUCUCGGGCCGUACAGCCCGUGUGUGCUCUGUACCUGCAAUGGACACAGUGAGACCUGUGACCCUGAGACAGGUGUUUGCGACUGCAGAGACAAUACAGCUGGACCCCACUGUGAGAAGUGCGGUGACGGGUACUAUGGAGAUUCGACUGCGGGCACCUCUUCCGAUUGCCAGCUCUGUCCGUGUCCUGGGGGCUCGAGUUGUGCCGUUGUCCCUAAGACUCAGGAGGUGGUGUGCACCAACUGUCCCACUGGCACCACUGGUAAAAGAUGUGAGCUCUGUGACGAUGGCUACUUUGGAGACCCUCUGGGGAGAAACGGCCCCGUGAGGCUUUGCCGCCUCUGCCAGUGCAAUGACAACAUCGAUCCCAAUGCCGUUGGAAAUUGCAAUCGCUUGACAGGAGAAUGCCUGAAAUGCAUCUAUAACACUGCUGGCUUCUAUUGUGACCGAUGCAAAGAUGGAUUUUUUGGAAAUGCCCUGGCCCCCAAUCCAGCAGACAAAUGCAAAGCCUGUGACUGCCAUCCCUAUGGAACCGUGAAGCAGCAGAGAGGCUGUAACCCUGUGACCGGGCAGUGCGAAUGUCUGCCCCACGUGACUGGCCGGGACUGCGGGGCCUGUGACCCCGGCUUCUACAACCUGCAGAGUGGGCAAGGCUGCGAGAGGUGUGACUGCCAUGCUUUGGGUUCCACCAAUGGACAGUGUGACAUCCGCAGUGGCCAGUGUGAGUGCCAGCCUGGCAUCACCGGUCAGCACUGUGAGCGCUGUGAGGUCAACCACUUCGGGUUUGGACCCGAAGGCUGCAAACCGUGUGACUGUCAUCCCGAGGGAUCUCUUUCACUCCAGUGCAAAGACGAUGGUCGCUGUGAAUGCAGAGAAGGUUUUGUGGGAAAUCGCUGUGACCAGUGUGAAGAGAACUAUUUCUACAAUCGGUCUCGGCCUGGCUGCCAGGAAUGUCCAGCAUGUUACCGGCUGGUGAAGGAUAAGGUUGCUGAUCAUCGAAUGAAACUCCAGGAAUUAGAGAAUCUCAUAGCAAACCUUGGAACUGGGGAAGAGGUGGUGACAGAUCAAGCCUUUGAGGACAGGCUAAAGGAAGCAGAAAGAGAAGUCAUGGACCUCCUUCGAGAGGCCCAGGAUGUCAAAGAUAUAGACCAGAAUUUGAUAGAUCGCCUCCAGAGAUUGAAUAAUACCUUAUCCAGCCAAAUUAGCCGUUUACAGAAUAUACGGAAUACCAUUGAAGAGACUGGAAACUUGGCUGAGCAAGCACGUGCCAGGGUAGAAAGCACUGAGCAGUUGAUUGAAAUUGCAUCCCGAGAACUUGAGAAAGCAAAGAUUGCUGUUGCCAAUGUGUCAAUCACUCAACCAGAGUCCACCGGGGACCCAAACAACAUGACUCUUUUGGCAGAAGAGGCACGAAAGCUUGCUGAACGCCAUAAACAAGAAGCUGAUGAUAUUGUAAGAGUGGCAAAGACAGCUAAUGAGACAUCAACUGAGGCAUAUGAUCUGCUUCUGAGAACACUGGCAGGAGAGAAUCAAACAACACUGGAGAUUGAGGAGCUUAAUAGAAAGUAUGAACAAGCAAAGAACAUCUCACAGGAUCUGGAGAAGCAAGCCGCCCGAGUGCAUGAAGAGGCCAAAAGGGCUGGAGAUAAAGCGGUGGAGAUCUAUGCCAGCGUUGCCCAGCUGACGCCUGUGGACUCAGAAGCACUGGAGAAUGAGGCAAAUAAAAUAAAGAAGGAAGCUGAGGAUCUGGACCAUCUGAUUGACCAGAAGUUCAAAGAUUAUGAGGACCUCAGAGAGGACAUGAGAGGGAAGGAACUGGAAGUCAAGAAGCUUCUGGAGAAGGGAAAGAUCGAACAGCAGACUGCUGACCAGCUCCUAGCCCGAGCAGAUGCCGCCAAGGCUGUUGCUGAAGAAGCUGCUAAAAAGGGACGAAAUACCUUACAAGAAGCCAACGACAUCCUCAGCAACCUGAGAGAUUUUGACAGGCGUGUGAACGAUAACAAGACAGCUGCAGAGGAGGCUCUAAGGAGAAUUCCUGCCAUCAACCAGACCAUAAUUGAAGCCAAUGAAAAGACGAGGGAGGCACAGCUGGCCCUGGGCAAUGCCGCUGCGGAUGCCACCGAAGCCAAGAGCAAGGCCCACGAGGCCGAGAGGAUCGCCAGUGCUGUCCAAAGGAAUGCUACCAGCACCAAGGCAGAAGCUGAAAAGACAUUUGCAGAAGUUACAGACCUGGAUAACGAGGUGAACGAUAUGUUGAAACAACUACAGGAAGCAGAAAAGGAGCUGAAGAGAAAACAAGAUGAUGCUGACCAGGAUAUGAUGAUGGCAGGGAUGGCUUCACAGGCUGCUCAGGAAGCCGAAAUCAAUGCCAGAAAAGCCAAAAACUCCGUCACCAGCCUCCUCAACCUGAUUAAUGACCUCUUGGAGCAGCUGGGGCAGCUGGACACAGUGGACCUGAACAAGCUGAAUGAGAUUGAAGGUACCCUGAACAAAGCCAAAGAUGAGAUGAAAGUCAGCGAUCUAGACAGGAAAGUAUCUGACCUGGAGAAUGAAGCGAGGAAGCAGGAGGCUGCCAUCAUGGACUAUAACAGAGAUAUCGAGGAGAUCAUGAAGGACAUUCGCAACCUGGAAGACAUCAAGAAGACCCUACCAUCUGGCUGCUUCAACACCCCGUCCAUUGAAAAGCCCUAGCAUCAUCGCGUAGGGCCGGAAGGCAGCACCCCCCGACCAGGGAGCCGUUGUGAGGCCAUAGAGUGCCUUAACACAAAGAUGACAUUUCUCAGACCCCCACUUCUCUGCUGCUCUCCACCACUGUCCUUUCGAACCAGGAAAAUUCACAAAGCUUAAAAAGAAACAAGUCAGAUAUCAUGAAUCGGGAACAAAGGGUUUUAUCUGAUAGUCUCUCUUCCACGGAAGGCACUCCCUUACCCACACUUUCCCUUCCGAGUUGCGUGAGGACGUGGCACCUUACGGUAUCGUACGGUGGCGUAAACGCUUCGUGGGAACCAUUGUCGGCCAGGGCUGAGCAAGUAGCCCUCCCCUUCUCACUGAUACCAACAGAACUCCUCAGUCUCAGUACUCUUGUUUCUAUGAAGGAAAAGUUUGGCUACCACUAGUAGCAUUGUGAUGGCCAGUACAUCCAGUCUAUCGAUAAAGAAAAUGCACCUCCAUCUACUACCCCUCCUUCUUUUAAGCAAAAGGAAAUAAACAUCCUGUGCCAAAGGUAUUGGUCAUUUAGAAUGUCAAGAGCCAUCAUCAGUUGUUUUAGCUAUUUUGAGUAUAGGACACUGAGCCAUCCACGGGUAAGGAUGCAAUUAUUUAUGACAGUCUCCAGGAGAAUGAGGCUGCAGAAGUAGGCUGAACAUUUUCUUGUAUGUUAAUAAUUUGACUAGGAAGAUAAAUGUUUUUCAGAUCUUUGGGCAGCUGAUAAAUCUGGAUGGGCAGCUUGCACUCCCCAUAGACAUCUUCUGAUAUUCCUAUAAAUGGAAUUUAUACAGAAGUAAUAGGGAUAUGAUAACCACUAAAGUCUUUUUCAAAAUCAAACCAAUUCUUAGAGCUUUUUUUAGUACAUUAGUCUUGGAACUAGUGCUGUUAAUCCGGUAGAGAGAAGUUGGCCCCUGAGAUCUUGACAGACACACACAGAACAAGCCUCCUCAUCCUAGUCUUUCCUAGCAAAGGGAUGAAACUUCGAUGCAGCCUGUAUUGUCAGGAUCCCACAUACCCGUUUUUCUUCCACUGGGGAGAGAUGACACCUUUGACCCUUAUCCUCAAUUAGCUUCUGACGUUCCCAACUUCUAGAAUCUCUCUGAACAGUUUGCCAAAUCCUGGUGGCAAAUACUUGCACUCAGUAUUUCACACAGCUGCCAACACCGUCUAGCUCCUGCACUUUGUGAUUUAAACCCACUCUAAACCUUCCCUCCAAGUGUGGAGGGGAGACCCAUCGGUGGAGUUGCCUUGUUGGCUUCUCAACUUUUGAUCCUCAGCUCUGUGGUUUUCUUGCAAGAUCACAGUGUGACGAUUCCCUGCCACACAACCCCUCCCUCCUACCAGCCCACCUUUGAGAUUCAUAUAUAGCCUUUAACACUAUGCAACUUUGUACUUUGCGUAGCGGGGGGAAAGAAACUAUUAUCUGACACACUGGUGCUAUUAAUUAUUUCAAAUUUAUAUUUUUGUGUGAAUGUGUUUUUUUUUUUGUUUAUCAUGAUUAUAGAGUAAGGAAUUUAUGUAAAUAUACUUGGUCCUAUUCCUAGAAUGGCACUGUCUGUUCACUUCUUCCCUCCAUUUUUCCUCCUCACUGGCACAACGUGUCUGGAUACCUCCUGCCCUGCCGCCUGCAAUUCUUUGCGUUGCAUUUGUUCCCCGUGGCUCUGCUCGCCUUGUGUUUGCAGCAUCUUCGUUUCCUAAUGUUGAUAUUGACCUGCUUUCCUGCCACACGCAGCCGCUCAAAAGAGGUACCUCACACCCUCUUCCACUGCAAUCCUGUGACCUUAAACUGCGGCAUGCUGUUGUUCCUAAUGCCCGCUCCAGGGCAGGUAUGUCAGGUUGACAGAACAUGGGGGGAUUAGGACAUUUUGCCCAUUGGUAUCUUCAACAUCGAUGUGGGUCAAGCCAGGAACGAGCUAGGAAUGCCCUGACACUUUGAACCAGAUGGGUCAUUUUGAUAAGGGAGUGCACGAUCACUGAGUGCUCGUAGGGCAUCAGGGACAGUGUGCACAGACAGGUAGGAUGGGAGCAGUCAUGCCAGUCCGUUCUCCCCUUUCCGCCUCCGUGCAUACCGGAGUUGACUACAAGCGUUUCGACUUGGCAUACCCCUCGCUUUCUCUCUGCUGCUUCUCCCCGGCCUCUCCUACUGUGGCCCAAGGCGCGGGUCUUUCUUGCCAAGUUUUCACAUCAGUGUUCCCUAGCCAGCUCCUCUUAUUAAGUGGCCACAUCCUAACAGAGACAUUUUGUUCAAGGUUACAGGACAAUGACUGUAGAUAGACUGCCGAGAUAGUCCCCUCUGGCCCAUGGGUCAGCCUCACACACCAGGAAGUCUUAGGCCACAGUGAAAAUUGGGUUUUUGUUUUUUUCUUCAUUUUGUUUUGUUGCUUUCCUCCUCCAUCUGUGUAGUAUAUUUUUAAACAGAAUUUUAUUUUUAAAAUAAAAGCUCUUUAUAAGGCAAUACCUUCAUUACACUCCUGCGGUAUACAUGAUUUUAUUGUAUAGUUCCAGUUAUCUGUAUUUUACAUCAUAAAAUCGACAGGGUGGCUGCUGCGGAAUGCUGGGUGUCACAGGGGACACAGACAGCUGUUCCCUGGAAUUGUUCCUUCUAAUUCCAACUGUGGCCCUUUUAUAUGUGCCUUCACUUUAGCUGUUUGCCUUAAUCUCUACAGUCUUGCUCUCCAGGGUGGUAAAUAAAAUGCAACACUUGGCAUUUUUUUUAUGUUAAAAAAAAAACAAACCAGUAUUUUAUUUAUAAUAAAAUCUGAAUAUUUGUAACCCAUUA